GUCCCCUUGGUACAUCAGGGAACGCCCUGUCUGUGGGUGAGGCAUGCCACUCUCCCACUUGCCAGCCAGGCUCCUAGUCGAUCUCUACCCUCCACAGUGGAAAGGUCCUGAGCCACAGCCUUUUCAACAUGUCUAGGGAUCUUCAGUUCAAAUGACAUCCAAGGCCAUUGGCAGGAGUGAGGAGAUAGGAGCCUGGGAGCAGGGCGCAGGUGCUGAAUUUUCCAUCCACCUGUGGUUGGUCUCUGGGGUGAGCCUGUACCAACAUGAGUGACAGCUUCCUUGGUGCACGGAGACAUGGUGAGACCGGGGUGGCAGGGGAGGUUCCACACCCCUGCUGGCCAGCGAGCUCUGGGGGCAGCCACAGCCCUAAUCAGCUGACGAAGGAGCCUUUGUCCUCAUGGGCAUCUUAUCAGCAGUGCCAGGCGGAGCCAUCACCGCAGUGGGCAGCAUCCCAGGCCUGUUAUCAGCCCAGAGUCCACAGGACACUCUGGGUUAACGUGUAACCACACACCAUCCCUCUACCCCAAAGCAUUCAGUGUCCAGAAGGACCUGGCAGUGGUAACACAGCCAACAUGGGUUCCAGGAAAGAGGGGCUGUCUCGAAAGGUUCGCUCCUCAACCCAAAAGCAGCCCCCUGUAUACAGGUGGCUCAUCCCGUUUGUGCUCGCCUGCGUUGUCUACUUCCUGCUCUGGAUUCCUGAGGACCAACCGUCGGGCUUCAGUGCCCUAGUCAAGAGCCUGCCCAUCUUCUGCCUGGGGCUGUUCGUGCGGGCCACGGCCUCUCACCAGAGCUCCUGCGCCUGCCUGACGGUGGCCCUCCUGUGUUCCGCUGUGGGGGACAUCUGCCUCAUCUGGCCUCAUGCCUUCCUCUAUGGUAUGGGUGCCUUCGCCGCAGCCCACCUGCUAUACAUCUGGACCCUGGGCUGGACACCACUGCAGCCAGGUCUGCUGCUGCCCAUUGGGCUCUUCUCUGUGCCCUACUCGGCUCUCCUGCUGCUGCGCGUGCCCCCAGACAUGGUGCUUCCUGUGACGGCCUACGCGGUCAUCCUGGCUGCCAUGCUGUGGCGUGGCCUGGUCCGGGGCGGCGUGGCUAGAUGGGGGGCGCUGCUCUUCGUUGUCUCGGACUCUGUGCUGGCUUGGACCACCUUCGCUCGGCCCCUGCCUCACGCCCGCCUGGUGGUCAUGGCUACCUAUUAUGCCGCCCAGCUCCUGCUGGCCCUGUCAGGUGUCAGGGGCACCCAUCUCAAGGCCCACUGACUAGAGGCACAGUGGGGCAGAGGUAUGCCGCCUCCCGUCCUGCCUCCUUCAGGACCCCGGACACCAGCCUGGCAGGGGCCAUACUCAGGGGCAAGGGUCUGGGCAUGGGGCUCCAGUGCCCCCACCUGCAGGCAUCGGGCUGUCAGGAGAUGGCAGCAGACUGUUGGGUGGAUUCUGAACCUGGCCCCAAGUUCCAGCCUUUUACCGCACUUCUGUGACCCCUGGCCGCCACCGGCCUUGUCAGUGGCCCAGACCUAGAGGAGAUAUGGAAAGAGACAACCCCACCCCAUUAUUUGGGUGGGGCCAGCUCAAGGACAGAUAAAAAACCACGACUAAUGGCUGUUUCCGCUGCUCCCUGGGCCCUUCUAAAGCUAAAGAAGCGUGUUCCUGGGGCUGUGCCAAGUGUGUCAUCACUGCGCUGAGCCUUCCAGGCGCUGUGCCCUAUCCACGUGCUGUGCUGUGUCCACUGCCCUGGGUCCCAGCACUGCAGAGUCCUGACAGCUGGGGCAGUCACUGCAGUCUCCACAUGGGGGAGGUUACUCCCAGAGCACACCCAGCUCUCCCGCAUCUUCCCGGGUCCCUGGGCACCCAGGCAUCGGGUCGCUCCGGCAAGCCUCCAUUUCGUCUGCAAUGACACUUUCUCAGUCCUGUCUCCUUCGUAGGUCUGGGUGUAGGCCUGGGACACACCUGUUGCGGACA